UACAUCAGUUUCAUCGGGGCCUGAUGGAACAACAAUCUGUAGGCAUCUGCAGGUUUGCAGCCGGCGAAAGGAGUCGGUCAGCCGACUAUAUACUGGAUAUAUACUUUCAAUGGUUCUUCAACGAUGUUCGAGAUACGCAGCAAUAUGACUAUAUUAUUGUUGGUGCCGGUAGUGCUGGUACAAUUCUGGCAACGAAUCUAGCAGAGGAUAAACAUAGCGUAUUAUUGUUAGAAGCAGGUGGUACUGCCCCAUUCUUUCUCGAUAUACCACUCCUAACACCAAUCAUUCAGAAUACUGUUUAUGAUUGGCAAUAUGUCACUGUUCCUCAAGAACAUGCAUGCAAAGGCUUAAUUAAUAACCAAAGCAGAUGGCCAAGAGGUAAAAUUCUUGGAGGUACAAGCCGUCUAAAUUUUAUGGCUUAUGUAUUAGGACAUCGGCUGGAUUAUGAAAAAUGGUUUCCAGAUUUUGCUGAAACAGUUGCAAAAAAUGGCGAGUCAAUAAGUAUCAGUGAUUUAAGAUGGACUACUGAUUUUGCUGAUGUAAUUUUGAAUGCAUUAAAGGAAUUAAAUUAUAAUAUAAGCAACAUAAAUUUACAAUUGGACAUAGGUUUUACAAAAGCUCAAUUAACGAUGGAGAAUGGCAAACGAUGGAGUAUGGAUAAGAUAUUGUAUCAAAAACCUAAUCAUGUUUUGACUAUACUUACUCAUGCACAUGCCACUAAAAUAUUAGUGAACUUGGAUAAAGCCGAGGGAAUUGAAUUCGUUAGAUUUGGUAAUAAAUAUACAGCAGUAGCAAAGAAAGGAGUUAUUUUAAGUGCUGGCACAAUUGAGAGUCCAAAAUUAUUAAUGUUAUCUGGAAUUGGCCCAAAAAAGCAUUUGGAGGAAUUUGGUAUUAAUGUAAUCAAUGAUCUGCCGGUUGGUCAAACUUUGAUGGAUCAUAUAUUAACUGGUGUUGACUUGAUUGUGCUUAAUGCAAGUCUUGGAUUGAAUCUUUCGGAUAUCUUUAAUCCUAUGUCAGCCUUUAAUUACUUCUUUUUUGGCCAAGGACCAUGGACAUCAUCUGGAAUAGAAGUAUUAGGAACUUUUCAUAGUUCUUUACAUGCAAAUAAGUCUACAGUACCAGAUUUACAAUUAAUGGUGUUACCUUUAGGAGUAUCAAAAGAUAAUGGUCUUAUAUUCAAGAAAACGAUGGGGAUUUCUGAUGAGGUCUAUAACAAAUAUUUUGCUCCAUUGUCACAUCAAAACACAAUAACAAUUGCACCUGUAUUAUUACAUCCUAAAAGUAAUGGAGAAUUACGAUUGCGAAGCAGCAAUUCUUUUGACAAACCGCUGAUUGAUCCAAAAUAUUUAUCAAAUAAGGAUGAUAUUGACACUCUCAUAGAAGGUUUAUAUUUUGUAAAGAAACUUUUGAACACAACUGUUAUGACAGUCCAUGGUGCAUCUCUUAAUAGAAGGUCAUUUCCCGGUUGCGAAAACCAUGUAUUUGACACUAGGAAGUAUUGGAAAUGUUAUAUAAAACAUUUAACACUCACGUCUUACCAUCCAGUUGGUACAUGUCGCAUUGGCGAUGUUGUGGAUACAGCAUUUAAAGUUUACAACAUGAGAAAUUUGUACGUCGUGGAUGCAUCAGUUCUUCCAUCGUUACCAAGCGGAAAUACAAAUGGACCUGUGAUUGCAUUGGCACAAAGAGCUGCCCAUAUAUUUAAAAGAAGACAAAAAGAAAAAAGGAAUAUACGAAAACAGCCCAAAUCGUACAACAUUUGCUAUAUAUUUAAUAUUUGUAUUAGUAUGUAA